AUGUCGAAUCAUCAAGAGGACGACUCUAUCACGCCAUCAACUCCUCAUUAUGCCACCAAAUUUUCUUCUCUAUCGGGAUUUGGAUUGAAAAUCCUUGGAAAAUAUGGCUUUAAAACCGGUGAAGGAUUGGGAAGAAAAGGGGAAGGUAUCAAGUCUCAUGUAACCGCCACGAAAAAGUUUCACGAAAGUGGAAUGGGUAUUGGUGCUGAUAAAGAAAAAAAGCCUAAUUAUUGGUGGGAGAAUGCAUAUAAUGAAAAAUUAAUCUCAAUUAAAGAAAAGAAGAGAAAAAGCUCAUCAUCUUCCGAUAGUGAUUCAACAUCCUCAGAUUCUUCCGAUGACGAAGAUAAAAAAACAAAGAACGCGAAAAAAUCGAAGCAGAACGAAGCAGAGAAAACAUCUAAAGAUAGUGACAGUAGCAGCGACUCAUCUUGUAGUGACCAGGAUGAAAAGAAAGAAAAGAAGAAGCAUUGCAAAGUUGAAGGGUCUUCAGUUCUCGAUCCAGAGUUCUUUAAAGAAUGUGAAGGCAGAACUUUGAAAAAAUACCGACAAGUCGGAAAGGAAUCUCGGGCAAAGAAACAUGAAGAAGAUUUAAUUCAAAAACUGAAAGAAGCCAAAGAGAAAAUGGAAGCAAUGAGCAAUCAGCGAAAGUUUAAACAAGUUGUGACAGAGAAACGAAAAAUCCAACAAAAGAAGAUCAAAAUUGGUCAAUAUCGCGACGGUGACGAGUAA